AUGCUGCUGCUGCUUCUGUUGCGCUGCUGCUGCUGCUGCUGCUGCUGCUGUGCAGAGCUUGCUGCUGUUCUCGGCAGCGACUUUGUGUCCUCCAAACAUUUCCGGGGAGAGAAAAUGGGAUUUGUCUUCAAGACCGGAGACCAAGGCGUGGGUUAUUAUAAAGACCAGCAGCAAGUGCAGCGCCUCUUCGCAGAGACAGGAGGCCGAACUGCUGCUGCUGUUGCUGAAGAUUUGGUGAAGCAGGGAAAGAUGCAUGCGAAGCAAGCAGCAGGGUUGCUUGCUGCUGCUGCUGCUGCUGCUGCUGGCAGCAGCAGCAGCAGCAAGCUGCAGCACAGCAAGAAGAGGAAGCGAUCCUCUUCCUCGGACUCUGACCGCAAGAAGAAAAAGAAGAAAAAGAAGAAUAAGAAACAUAAAAAGGCAAAGGGCAAGAAAAAGAGAAAGAAGAGAGCCAGCAGCAGCAGCAGCAGCAGUAGCAGCAGCAGCAGCAGCAGCGAGGACGAAGAGGAGACCCCUGUCUCUAAGCCAGUUGCUGCUGCUGCUGCUGCUUCGCCAGCAGCAGCAGCAGCAGCAGCAGCAGCGCCUGCAGCUAAAGCAGCCACAAGGCCAAAUGUUGCUGUUUUGGAAGCAGCAGCAGCAGAAGCCAUGCACAGUGCGUUUGCGGACACCAUAGCAGCUGCAGUAACAGCAGCAGCAGCAGCAGCAGCAGCAGCAGCAGUAUCAGCAGCAGCAGCAGCAGCAGCAGUAUCGGCAGCAGCAGCAGCAGCAGCAGCAGGAAGUUAA